GUUUUCUCGCCUUCCUCGCCUUCCUCGCUCCUUCCACUUUUGACACCCGAAAUCUACCCCGAUCUGCUCUUAAACAUCGGCCGAUACUCCCCUUCCCAAGAUGCCUUUCCUCAAUGAACCCUGGAAGAAGUACAAGCCGUUCAAGCCACCGCAUUUGCCGAACCGGCAGUGGCCCGACAAAACCAUCUCCAAAGCUCCUCGCUGGCUAUCCUCUUGCCUCCGCGAUGGCAACCAGAGUCUGCCUGAUCCAAUGAACGGCGAGGAGAAGUGGCGCUACUUCAAAAUGCUGUGCGACCUUGGUUACAAGGAAAUUGAGGUCUCCUUCCCGUCUUCGUCCCAAAUCGACUUUGACUUCACCCGCCGCUUGAUUGAGACCCCGGGAGCCGUGCCGGACGACGUAUGCCUGCAGGUCCUUUCGCCUUGCCGGCCCGAUCUUAUCCGGAGAACUGUUGAGUCGGUCCGCGGUGCGAAAAACGCCAUCAUCCACAUCUAUCUUGCUACAAGCGAAUGCUUCCGGAAAGUUGUCUUUGGCUACUCGGAGGAGCAGGCCCUGGAGCUCGCCGUGGACUGCACUAAGCUGGUCAGGUCCCUGACUAAAGACAACCCUGAAGGUUCUGGAACUCGAUGGCAGUUCGAAUUCUCGCCAGAGUGCUUCUCCGAUACAGAUCCCGAUUAUGCCCUGAGGGUAUGCCGAGCGGUGAAAUCUGCGUGGGGCCCUAACGGAGAAACGGGGGACCAAAUCAUAUUCAACUUGCCAGCUACGGUAGAGCUAUCAACACCCAACGUAUAUGCGGAUUUGAUAGAGUACUUUUGCACCAAUAUCGGGGAUAGGGAGGACGUGUGCGUAUCGCUGCAUCCUCACAACGAUCGUGGAUGUAGCAUUGCAGCAGCAGAACUCGGUCAGCUGGCGGGAGCUGACCGUGUAGAAGGGUGUCUGUUUGGCAACGGGGAGAGAACGGGCAAUGUCGAUCUCGUCACCCUGGCUUUGAACCUUUAUACACAAGGUGUGAGCCCACAACUUGACUUCUCCCAAAUGGACUCCGUCAUCGAUAUGGUCGAAUCUUGCACCAAGAUCCCCGUCCACCAGCGUGCUCCCUACGGCGGCAGUCUCGUAUUUGCGGCCUUCUCGGGGAGCCAUCAAGAUGCAAUCAAAAAAGGAUUCCAGAACCGCGUGCGUCAAGGCCUAGCCAGCGAAGAAAAGUGGCACGAGAUGCCCUACCUGCCACUGGAUCCCCAAGAUAUCGGUCGCAAUUACGAGGCCAUUAUCCGCAUCAACUCCCAGUCUGGAAAAGGGGGCAGUGCCUUUAUUUUGCACUCGAAACUGCAGCUCGAUCUGCCUCGCAGCCUUCAGGUCGCCUUCUCCAGCGUUGUCCAGCGCCGCGCCGAGGAGCUUGGACGCGAGCUACUGGCCAACGAGAUUACCGAGCUCUUCGAGACAACCUAUUUCCUCCACGAGAACCCUUGCCUUAGCCUUGUUGACUAUAGCAUCACCCCCGACCGAUCACAGUCCCCGAUGCCCUCCGCGCCGGGGAAAACGCAGGACACGAAGGACCUGAAACGUAUCUUUGAGGGCGUCAUCCUCAUGAACGGUGAAGAGGUAAAGCUGCGUGGUCGGGGUAACGGACCAAUCUCUAGCAUGGCAGUUGCACUCAGGCACGUCGGCAUUGACCUUGACGUUCACGACUACAGGGAGCAUGCCAUUGGUGAGGGCCAAGGUGUGAAGGCGGCCUCAUAUAUCGAGUGCAGGCCUGCAGGCAGCAAGCAGACAGUCUGGGGCGUUGGCAUCCACGAAGACGUGGUACACAGCUCGCUCCUCGCCCUGCUGAGCGCGGCAAGCAAUUUCAUCACAAGCCAACCCACCACCGCUGCUGCUCCAGAGACCCCAACUCCCGUCUCCACCUAGCUACCUUAGGUACUUAGUCUAGUUGAAGUGCCUUACCAAAAGUUUUAAAUGCAUGCAAGGUGGAAGAAAAAGAAGUCCGAUGAUAACACACACUUCAAAAAUAAAACAUGAAGCUAGGCUCGCGAGGGUAACUGUUGACCGCGGUUGCUUGCUGCAUCAGUCCC